UUCCGCCCGCACUUCCCACUUUUCCGAUCCGUUUGUCUUGCUUGUAGGUUUUUAGGCCGAAUUUGACAUGUGUAGUCCUAUCACGCCUCCAGCGAUCUGACUGCACUCUCUGCCUGGAAUUAGCCAGGAUUUCCCCGCGUGUUAGCUCGUCAAGGCUGCGGCAGAAAUAGUCGAUCUGUUUUUUCGCGCAUGAAAAGACAUCUGUAUCGAGAAGUUCCACCAGCUUUCAGCGUGUGUCAAAUGUUUGUUCGAACUAAAGAUUCUCUGAUCUCGUCCCUGUCGAACGCACUAGUGAUUCCUUGAGGCAACGAUUCAAAGCGGCUCCUUAGGCGGUUCACUAGUGAUCCCUUGAGCGUUAAGGAGGCGUCGUCAAGUCUCCGGUUGGGCCCGCUCCUCGUGCCGCUGUUCACCCCCGUGUUGGCUGCGCCUCGUGUGGCUGUGUCGACCAGCGAGCUGUCCUUAUGGCGGCAAAGAUCAUAGCGAACCUCAUAGUGCUGGGCUCAGGCAUUGUCAUCCGGGCCUUCACGCAGGCCUACCAGCAAGCGCUUACCAAUGCAUCUCGCAGCGGGGUGGCACAGGAAGCAGCAGCAACGGCAUCGCGGCGGCUGUCAAAAAUAAUGACCAUCCAGGAGGCGAGGAUGAUUCUGGGGGUCACCGAGGAGACGCCCUGGGAGCAAGUGCUGGAGAAGUACCAGCGGUUGUUUGAGCGUAAUGAGAAGAUGGGGUCAUUCUAUGUUCAAAGCAAGGUGCAGAGGGCCAAGGAGUGCUUGGAAGCAGCAAAGAAACAGGGUGAUCAACUCUCCUAACACGCUCUGCUCCUCUUGUGAACAACACAUGUGAGUAUAUUCCUAUGGAAGCUGCGAAAACAGGCGGGAUCGGAAGCUAUACUCGACUCGGGCCGAAGUCUUUCAGAUGUGUGCUUCUGUUGUGCUGCCAGGAUGGCACUCUGCUGUCAAAACACCUGAUUCCCGAUUAACAGAAACGGAGCCACUCUGUAGGGUUGGUAGACUGUCCACUAGUGUGAACUAGUGUGGGAUGUGGCCAUGAUGUUUAGGAAGGUGGCCAAGGAAUGUGUUUAGCGGCCAUUGACUCUCUUUAGUGUGUUGGUGCGUGAUAGGCUUGUGCAGCCCCGCAUCUCUAGUGUUCUAUUAUGGGGGAUCGUGUUGAAUGCCUGCCAGCCCAUGGAAAUUGUCAUCUAACGAAAACGUUUUUUUGUGAC